GCCGCCGUAACUUCUAUCUCCAUGGCCUCCGUCGCGUACUGCUCAAUAUGCGUCUCCUGUAUCUUCCUCCUAAUCCUUCGUGAGGUCGGCUUUGAUGUUUCUACAGUCUCUGAGCUACUCCAAUCGCUGCUCUGUGUAUCCGCCGCCGUAAAAAGCUUUCCUUUUUCCUCUCCGAUUAUUCUUCUGUCGACUUUGUCUCCAUCCUUGGUUUCGUGGGUGGAGGAUCAUGAUGACGGGGAUAGGAGGCAAUUGAUUGAGGUCCUUGGAUGUUCACUUGAUCUUCUUCAGAACGUGGCAGAGGCAGUGAACAGCGUUUUGACACCCAAAAACUCUGUUCUGAUGAUAAUCUACUAUCAGAACAUACUGCACUACAUCAAACCAAGUCUCAUACACAUCAUAAUAUUAAGUGAAGUUUGGAUGGGUAAUACUUGUGUUGGACCAAGCAGAAAUGGCUUCUUGCAAUCUGUUUCAGCUGCAAUGUGGCGGCCAAGAGAUGGAGAUGAUUCCGCUUCCAUGAGUAAUGGAGAUAUUGCAAGUGAAGCUGUUUCAGGAGAGCUUCGAUCUCGAUUAUCUGAUGAAGUCCAGAAUAAACCUCCUGAACAGGUCACAAUGCCCAAGCCAGGGACUAACGUCGAGACCAAGGACAGAGAGAUUCCACCUGAAAGCAAGCCUGAAGCGCUAGAGGAGAUAAACCUUGAGUCCAAACCAGAGACUAAGCAGGAGACCAAGUCAGAGACCAAGCCGGAGACAAAACCUGAUCCUCCAGCUAAACCUAAGAAGCCUAAGCACAUGAAGAGAGUGUCAAGUGCAGGGCUUAGGACUGAGUCAGUAUUGCAGAGGAAGACUGAAAACUUCAAGGAAUUCUAUUCCUUGGGAAGGAAACUCGGACAAGGGCAAUUUGGAACGACUUUUCUAUGUGUGGAGAAGACUACAGGAAAGGAGUUUGCGUGCAAGUCAAUUGCUAAGAGGAAGCUAUUGACUGAUGAAGACGUUGAAGAUGUGAGAAGGGAAAUUCAGAUAAUGCAUCACUUGGCUGGUCACCCCAAUGUCAUUUCCAUUAAAGGAGCUUAUGAGGAUGUUGUGGCGGUGCACCUUGUAAUGGAGUGUUGUGCAGGCGGCGAGCUUUUUGACAGGAUUAUUCAACGUGGUCACUACACAGAGAGGAAAGCGGCUGAGCUCACUAGAACAAUAGUUGGGGUUGUAGAGGCUUGCCAUUCUCUUGGUGUUAUGCAUCGAGACCUCAAGCCCGAGAAUUUUCUGUUUGUUAGUAAACACGAAGAUUCCCUCUUGAAGACGAUUGAUUUUGGACUCUCCAUGUUCUUUAAGCCAGACGAUGUUUUUACAGAUGUUGUUGGUAGCCCAUAUUAUGUUGCUCCAGAAGUUCUUCGAAAGCGUUAUGGCCCUGAAGCUGAUGUCUGGAGUGCUGGAGUGAUUGUGUACAUUUUAUUAAGCGGAGUUCCUCCAUUCUGGGCUGAAACCGAACAAGGUAUUUUCGAACAGGUCCUCCACGGUGAUCUUGACUUUUCGUCUGAUCCAUGGCCAAGCAUAUCUGAAAGUGCAAAGGAUUUAGUGAGGAAAAUGCUUGUCAGGGAUCCCAAGAAAAGGUUAACUGCCCACCAAGUAUUAUGUCAUCCGUGGGUUCAAGUCGACGGCGUGGCUCCAGACAAGCCUUUGGAUUCUGCUGUUCUGAGCCGUAUGAAGCAAUUUUCUGCAAUGAACAAGUUCAAGAAAAUGGCUCUUAGAGUCAUUGCUGAGAGCUUAUCUGAAGAAGAAAUAGCCGGCCUGAAAGAAAUGUUUAAUAUGAUAGAUGCGGACAAGAGUGGUCAGAUAACUUUCGAAGAACUGAAAGCAGGACUGAAACGAGUAGGGGCGAAUCUCAAAGAGUCCGAAAUUCUCGACUUGAUGCAAGCUGCUGAUGUGGACAACAGCGGAACAAUAGACUAUAAAGAGUUCAUAGCUGCAACAUUGCAUCUAAACAAAAUAGAGAGAGAGGACCAUUUGUUUGCAGCCUUUACAUACUUUGACAAAGAUGGGAGCGGCUAUAUCACCCCGGACGAGCUUCAACAAGCUUGUGAGGAGUUUGGUGUUGAGGAUGUCCGCAUAGAAGAACUGAUGCGCGAUGUUGAUCAAGACAACGACGGGCGAAUAGACUACAACGAAUUUGUGGCAAUGAUGCAGAAAGGAAGCAUCACAGGAGGACCUGUGAAAAUGGGUCUAGAGAAAAGCUUUAGCAUUGCUCUUAAACUCUAGUUUCAGUCUAUUCAAAAGAACAAAACUAAAGCCAAGACAAAGAGUUUUCUGAUAAUAUACGAUUGAUUGUUGUUGAAGACAUAUAUGCACACAGCCAAGAUUCUCUUCUUGCCCUCUUCUGGAUUCUCUCAAUCUUUUGGAUGAGGUUUUGUCUUAGACUUGUUUUGUUGUAUUGUGUUACUUUUUGAGCAAAUAUAGUCUUCUAACAUUU